AUGAACAGUGACCCAGCGCCAGGACGUUCACCGGGACCACCUGUGCAAACAGCGGCAGCUGCCAUCGUUGUGGCAACCACACCUAUUGUGGAAGCGGAACAACAGCAAAAAGAUGUGAACAAUGUAGAGAAUGACGGUAACCAUAAUAGCAAUCACAACAAUAACAACAAGUUUACUUACAACAACAACAGUGAGGACAUUAAAGACAACAACAAUGAAGAUGCUUCAAUUGGCAUCUCCAAUGAAACAAUACCCUUAGAGGGGCAACAACACAGUUCAAACGUGGAUAACAUAAACAGCAAUGAGGCUAAGGGUCAUCACGAAGACAUAGCUUCAAUUACAACCAGUGCUUCUCAGGAGCAACACGAAGAAGAAGAACAAGAAAUACAACAGACAGAAACAAUUAAUUUUCCAUUAACAAAAACUCACAAUGACAAGAACACUGAAAAUGAACAUGCCAGAAAACUGGAUGCCAAUGCAAACAAUGGAGAGGCUCCGUUUAACCCGAUUGGGGGUGAAUACAGUUUGCCUUCACCUCAGCUGACAACUACAUAUGUGAGUGCGGAAAAACCACUCACGCAACAUGGGAAAUCCUUCGAUAAUGACCAAAAUUCACAGAUGAAACAAGAGGAACAUGAAACCCCAAUGUCAAUGUCAAAUUCGGAACAAAUGUCGGUACCCCACAAUGAGAAGGAGAAUUUUGAAAAAUCAUCACCGCCGACCAGCACAACUUCUGCAACCAUCAAUUCCUGUCGUUCACAACUCGAUAAUUUUCUUAGUGAUGCCACAGUGAUUGAUGCCGAUGUAAUAGCUGACGACGAUACAGCCACAUCGAAAAAUGUCAACAACAACCACAACGCCAGCAACAACAACACUAAAUUCAAUGUUCCACUGGCGGCCCCUCACCAUCAGGCCAUGCAAAUUGCUUUGAAUUUGCAUCAUGAUAUCUUUGAUACCUCCAAUGAUUUUGGUAUCAAUUGUGGUCUCCUCUAUAAAGUACAUCUGACGGUGACUCCGCAAAAAAGAUCAUCCACAUCGGCAACAUUAAAACGGCCAGCCAGCAAACGAAGCCAAAAGACAGUCACACCGGAAAUGCAAAAUCCAGCAAUUCAUUACACGGGGGAUUUUUACGUUGAAACCGUAUCGCUGUUGAAUGCUCAUGAACGUGGCAGCUUUGUGAGUGAAACGGUAACUGCUGCUGGUGGCGGCAACAAGUUGCCAAUUUCAUGGUUCGCCACGGCACAACAAAAUGGAAAACGCCAACCAGCGGUGAUGACAAAAAAUGCUAAAGGCUCUAUGAUGGGCGGUGGCAAUGGUAAAAAAGCCAGUCCCAGAGAAGAGUUUGCGGAAACAUUGCACAAAAAUGAUUUUAAUUUUGCCAAAGUACGAAAUGCUUCGAAGCUAAAACGUGAACGUGAACAACAGCAUCAGGCAAAAAAUCUCCAUCAGAGUCAGGUCGAUGCAGACAGCAAUGCCAGAUGGUAUUACGACAAAAAAGAAUUGCCAUCAUCAUCAUCGUCCUCGGUGAAUUCUAAAGAUCUCUGUUUAUCUGUUGUAUCGUGUACCGUCCAAUGA